AAGAAGUAAGGGAGAAACAGGGAUAUUUGUGGAGGGACAUUCCAGGCAAGAGGAAAAAAAACAAGUGCAAAGGCUUAAGGCAGGAGCUUGCCUGGCAAGUUCAUUUAACAAGUAACAAGAUCAGUGAGUUCGAACUAAGAGGACAAGAAGGAGGUUGGUCAUAAAAUGAGAUGGACCAAAGGACUGAAGAGAAGCCAAAUCAGUGAGGCUGAUAGAUUGAAUAUGGCCACAGGCUUUCAUUCUGAGAGUGCUGGGAAGUGAUUGGAGCAAAGAAAUGACAUGCUGUGGUUUGCUUUCGGUACACUCAUUCAGGCUACUGUGUUUGAAUAAAUGGCAGAGUGAAACGAGGAGACGUGGGGAACACCAAUUGGGAAAUUAUUGCCAUAAUCCAUACAAGUUUUAUGUCUUGAACUACAGCAGUGAUUGUAACUGGUGAGACAUGUUUAGGUCCUGGAUAUCUUUGAAGUGGUAGAUAGAUUUUAUUGACAGAAUGGAUACAGAGAAAGAGAGAAGAAUGACCUCAAGAUUUUUGAUAGGAACAGCUGGAAAUACAGAAAUUCCCUAACUGAGAUGGGAAACACUGUAGAAGAAGCUGGUUUGGGGAGAAUAAUCGGGAGCUCGUUUUUGGACAUGUUAAAUUUGAAAUAUCUACUAGAUGUCCAAGAGGAAAAAACCACGAAGGCAGUUGGAUAUAUGAGGCUGUCUUUUGAAGGGAAGUUCUAGAUGGACAUACAGUGAGGCAGUUAUCAGCAUCAUAUGUGGGACUUAAAGCAAUGUGACUGGAACACACUAACCUUACAGAAUUGGGAACAUGUGGUGGGGGAAAAAACCCACAGAUGAAGCCUAGGAAGAAUUUGUCAGGAAUGUGGGAGGAAAGCCAGGUGAUUGUUGUUUCCUAGAAACCAUGUGCAGAAAAUGUUUCAAAGCAGGAAGUUGCAGGAAGAAAUGCUUUGAUUCUUCAUUCAGAGGACUGGAGAGCUGCCGGUGUGAUAUGGAAUGUAAACAGCGGGGUGACUGUUGCUGGGAUUUUGAAGACACCUGUGUGAAAUCAACUCGAAUAUGGACAUGCAAUAGAUUUCGUUGUGGGGAGACCAGACUAGAUUCCAGCCUCUGCUCUUGUUCAGAUGAUUGUCUGCAGAGGAAAGACUGCUGUGCUGACUAUAACAGUGUCUGUCAAGGAGAAACCCCAUGGGUGAAGGAAGAGUGUGGCACAGCCCAGCCGUCUCAGUGUCCAGAAGGAUUUGAAUUGCCACCAGUUAUUUUGUUUUCCAUGGAUGGAUUUAGAGCUGAAUAUUUGCAGACCUGGGAUACUCUCCUACCUAAUAUUCAUAAACUGAAAACAUGUGGAAUUCAUUCAAAAUACAUGAGAGCUGUCUAUCCAACCAAAACCUUCCCAAAUCAUUACACUAUUGUCACGGGAUUAUAUCCAGAAUCCCAUGGCAUCAUUGAUAAUAAUAUGUAUGAUGUAAACCUCAACAAGAAUUUUUCACUUUCAUCAAAGGAGAAAAACAAUCCAGCUUGGUGGCAAGGGCAACCAAUCUGGCUGACAGCAACGUAUCAAGGUUUAAAAGCUGGUAGCUUCUUUUGGCCUGGAUCAGACGUCGCUAUCAAUGGCUCCUUUCCUUCUAUAUAUAUGAGUUAUAACAGAAGUAUCCCAUAUGAAGAGAGGGUCUUUACAUUGUUGAAAUGGCUGGACCUGCCCAAAGCUGAAAGACCUGCUUUUUAUACCAUCUAUGUGGAAGAGCCUGAUUCUGCAGGACAUAAAAAUGGGCCAGUCAGUGCCGGAGUAAUUCAAGCCUUACAGUUGGUAGAUAAGACUUUUGGAAUGUUGAUGGAAGGCCUAAAACAGCGGAACUUAGACAAUUGUGUCAAUAUAAUCCUUUUGGCCGACCAUGGAAUGGAUAAGACGUACUGUGACAAGAUGGAAUAUAUGACUAAUUAUUUUCAUCGAAUAAACUUCUACAUGUAUGAAGGGCCUGCCCCUCGUAUCAGGGCUCGUAAUAUACCUCAGGACUUCUACACUUUUAAUUCUGAAGAAAUUGUUAGGAACCUCAGUUGCCGAAAACCUGAUCAGCAUUUCAAACCCUAUUUGACUCCUGAUUUGCCAAAACGACUACACUUUGCCAAAAAUGUCAGAAUUGACAAAGUUCAUCUUUUGGUGGACCGACAGUGGCUGGCUGUGAGGAGUAAAGCAUAUUCAUCCUGUGGAGGAGGAAACCACGGUUAUAACAAUGAGUUUAAGAGCAUGGAGGCUAUCUUUUUGGCACAUGGACCCAGUUUUAAAGAGAAGACUGAAAUUGAACCAUUCGAAAAUAUCGAAGUCUAUAACCUAAUAUGUGACCUUCUACACAUUCAACCAGCACCAAAUAAUGGCACCCAUGGUAGUUUAAACCAUCUUCUGAAGGUCCCUUUUUAUGAGCCAUCCCAUGCAGAGGAAGUGUCGAAGUUUUCUGUUUGUGGCUUUACUGUCCCACUGCCCAUAGAUACUCUCCAUUGUUCAUGUCCUGUGCUACAAAGCAAUGCUGCUUUAGAACAUGUGAAUCUAAUGCUAAAUCUCUCCCAAAAUGAAAUAACAGCCACAGAGAAACUAAAUGUGCCAUUUGGGAGGCCCAGGGUCAUGCAGAAGAACAAGGAGCACUGUCUUCUCUAUCACAGGGAAUAUGUCAGUGGAUUUGGAAAAGCUAUCAGGAUGCCCAUGUGGAGCUCAUAUACAGUACUCAAGCCAGGAGACACAUCGCCUCUUCCUCCCACUGUCCCAGACUGUCUGCGGGCUGAUGUUAGGGUUGCUCCUUCUGAAAGCCAAAACUGUUCCUUUUAUUUAGCAGACGAGAAUAUCACCCACGGCUUCCUCUAUCCUCCUGCAAACAAUAGAACUUCUGAUAGUCAAUAUGAUGCUUUAAUCACAAGUAACUUGGUCCCUAUGUAUAAAGCAUUUAAAAAAAUGUGGGAUUACUUCCACAGUGUUCUUCUUGUAAAACAUGCCAUGGAGAGAAAUGGAGUAAAUGUGGUUAGUGGGCCAGUAUUUGAUUAUAAUUAUGAUGGUCAUUUUGAUGCUCCAAAUGAAAUUACAGAAUAUAUAAAGAACACUAGUGUUCCCAUCCCAACUCAUUACUUUGUGGUGCUGAGCAGUUGCAAAAAUAAGAGCCACACCCCCAACGCCUGUCCUGGGUGGUUGGAUGUCCUGCCCUUUAUUAUCCCUCACCGACCUACCAACGUGGAGAGCUGCCCUGAAAAUACACCAGAAGCUGUUUGGAUUGAAGAGAGAUGGAAAGCCCACAUUGCCCGGGUCCGCGAUGUGGAACUUCUUACUGGGCUGGACUUUUACCAGGAAAAAGUACAGCCUGUCUCUGAAAUUUUGCAACUUAAGACAUAUUUACCCACAUUUGAAACCGUUAUUUAACUUAAUAUAUACAUGAAUUGGGGCAGAAUGUAAAUGAUUUUUCUGUUAAAUAAUCACAAAAUAAAGUGUUCUGUUUUUCCUUAA